CGCCGCGACGCCGCUUGCAUCCCGAUUUAGUGGAAGGCAGCAUGUGGUGGUGGCUGCUAAUAGUGGCUAUGGCGACGGCCAAACGCGCACCGUCAGCCCAAGAACCAGUCAUCGAAGAGGUCACGGCCAAACAGCUGGAGCGCGUGCUAACCGAAAAGGACUAUGUUGCUGUGUUCUGGUACGCUCGCAGCUGCACCACGUGCGAUCGUGUGCUGCAAGAAUUGGAACAAAUCGACGACGACACCGACUCUUUUGGAGUCGAUUUCGUCAAAAUUAACGAUAAACGACUAGCAAAGCAAUAUGGCAUCACUAAAUUUCCAGCACUUACCUAUUUUAGAGAAAAGGAACCAAUUAUUUAUCAAGGGGAUUUGAUGGAUGAAGAAAAUGUGCUAGAUUUUUUGACAAGCUUAGAAGCAAUGGACUUGCCCGAUCGUAUAGAAGAGGUUAAUGCAAGAAUAUUAGAUAAAAUAGUACAAGAAACAGAUUUUGUAGCAGUUCUAUUUUAUAAACCAGAAUGCAGAAAGUGCUCCAAAGUCCUUCAAGAACUAGAAAAUAUAGAUGAUGAGGCAGAUCAGUUGGGCAUUGGGUUCGUGAAAAUCAAUGAUGAAAUGCUAGCAGAAGAAUACAAUUUAGGAACAUUGCCAGCUCUUGUAUACUACCGACAUCAAAUUCCUAUUAUUUAUGAAGGAGAGUUAACUAAAGAGGAAGACGUAUUAGAAUGGUUAGUUCAACAUAAGAGUACUGGGGAUGAAGACGACGUAAUUGAAGAUGUAACUUUAAAAACUUUAAGUACCCUCAUUGGCAGUGUAGAUCACUUAGCAGUUCUAUUUUAUGAUCAUAAAGAAGAAGAAUCAAAACAAACCCUUGAUGACCUUGAGGAUAUCGAUGAUGACUGCGACAAAUACGGAAUUCAAUUUGUAAAAAUUGACGAUGCUUCUGCCGCCGAUGAAUAUGGUCUUGAUUCUCUCCCAGCUGUAGUAUACUUUGAAAAAGGCAUUCCAAAUGUUUAUUACGGAGAUUUAGAAGAAGAAGACGAAGUACUCGAAUGGCUUGUGCAGCAAUUGGAAAAAGACGAAAUAGAGGACGUAACGGAUGAGAUGCUCGACAAGCUUAUCGCUGAAACAAAGUUUUUAGCGGUUUUGUUUUAUGACGAUGACAAAAAAUCUCAAAAAGUUCUUAAUAAAUUAGAAAACAUUGACGAUGAAUGCGAUAAGCUCGGAAUAGUUUUUGUUAAAAUUGAUAAUUGUGGCGAAGCUAAAGAAUACGGUAUAGAAAAUAUUCCAUCCUUGGUUUAUUUUGAGGAAAGUAUUCCCACAUUAUAUGAAGGAAACCUUGAAGAUGAGGAAAAGGUUCUAAAAUGGUUUGAACACCAGGUUAAAUGCGAUGAAAUUGAAGAUGUUACUGAUGAAAUGCUGGACAUUAUAAUAGAAAAAAAACAGUUUGUUGCAGUGUUAUUUUAUGAUAAAGAUCAAAAAAAGAGUCAAAAAGUCUUAGCUGAACUAGAAAACAUUGAUGAUGAAUGCGAUCAAAAUAAUAUUGUGUUCGUAAAAAUUGAUAAUGACGACGAGGCUAAAGAGUAUGGAAUUGAUACUGUACCAAGCUUGGUACUUUUUGAAAAGAAAAUUCCACAUUUAUAUGAAGGCGACCUAACUAAAGAAGAAGAACUUCUUGGUUGGUUGCUACAUCAGAAAAGACACAGUGAAAUCCCAGACGUCACUGAUGAGAUGAUGGAUAAGCUUAUUGAUAACACUAAGUACUUAGCUGUGCUUUUUUAUGAUAAGGAUGAUAAGCAAGAUAUCAGAGUAUUAAACGAACUAGAAAAUAUUGACGAUGAUUUAGAAAAGGAAGGCAUUGUUAUAGUAAGAAUUGACAAUGAUGCCGAAGCAAAAGAAUACGGCAUCGAUCAUCUUCCAACCCUUGUAUACUUUGAAGAUAAAAUCCCAUCUCUUUAUGAAGGAGAUUUAAUGAACGAAGACGAAGUAUUACAGUGGUUAAUAGAACAAAAACAGUCCUCAACUAUUGAGGAAGUUACAGAUGAAAUUCUUGAAGAUCUUAUUCAAAAACACGAAUAUAUUGUAGUUUAUUUCAGUGGUAAUUGUGAACAAGGGGAAAAAUGUGAUAAUAUUCUUGAUGAAUUAGAAAAUAUAGAUGAUGAGUUGGACGAAAAUGGUAUAAUCUUUGUUACAACUGAAGAUUUAGUGUUGGCCAAGAAAUACAAUAUAAAGAAUUUUCCCAGAUUGGUAUUUUUCAGAAACAAAGAACCAUUAAUCUUUAUUGGAGAUAUUGAAGAUGAAGAUGAAGUCCUAGCUUGGCUUACUGAUGAAAACACUUUGGAAAUUCCAGACCGUAUUGAAGAGGUUAAUACAAAAAUGCUGGAUAAAAUUCUUACAGAAAACGAACACGUUGUGGUAUAUUUUUAUAAAGAAGCAGAUAAAAGAUCUCAAAAGAUACUGAUGGAAUUGGAAAAUAUCGAUGAUGAGUGUGAAGAUAAGAAUAUUGAUUUUAUUAAAAUAUCUGAUAAAGGCAUUCAGAGGGAAUACGAUUUACCAUCCCUUCCAGCAGUUGCUUUUUACAGAAAUAGAUUUAGAGAAAUAUACAAUGGUGAUUUAAUGCACGAGGAAGCUAUCUUGGACUGGAUUCUUGAUUUAAGAGAUUCAUCUCCUGAUAUUAUUGAAAGUGUGGAUAGAAAAACUCUUCAGGUUUUAAUAAAUGAUGUAGAACAUCUCGCUGUCCUUUUUUAUUCGGAUGAUUGUGAAAAAUGCGAUGAUAUUUUGGAAGAACUAGAAACCAUUGAUGAUGACACUGACAAACAUGAAAUUCAAUUUGUAAAAUCAAAAGAUGCAAAAUUGGCUUCUGAAAUUGGAAUUUUCAGCUUUCCAGCAUUAGUUUAUUAUGAAACUGGAGUACCAAUCAUGUAUGAUGGCAAUUUGCUCGAUGAAACAGAAGUCUUGGAGUGGAUGACGGAUCAAAAAAAUGACGAAAGUAUAGAAGAAAUAAAUAGAGAGACCCUUUUGAAAUAUAUUGAUACUAAGGAGUUUUUAGCUAUCAUAUUCUAUAAAGAAGAAAGUUCGGAUAGUCCAAGAAUAUUAAGGCAUGUAGAACUUAUUGAUGACGAAGCAAGUGAGUAUGGAAUAAAAAUUGUAAAAAUGAAGGACAGAUUAAUGGCUAAAAAAUACGGCUAUAGAAAUCCGCCAGGAAUAACAUAUUUUCGAAAAGGCAAAUCCAUUAAUUACGAUGGUGACAUUGACGACGAAGAAGAACUUCUUGAUUGGCUAACUGAUCCAGAGAACAUGGAAUUAACGGAUCAUAUUGAAAAAGUGAACAGAAAAAUGUUUGAGAAAAUACGCCAGAGAUCUGAUUAUGUUGCAGUUUUUAUAUAUAGUCAGGAUUGCAAACAAUGCCCAAAAGUUUUAUCAGAAGUUGAAAACAUAGACGAUGAUGCAGAUUCAGCUGGUAUAAAUUUUGUUAAAAUCGACGAUAAACAAAUGGCGAAAGAGUUGGGAGUUUUUGCUCUACCUGCAAUAUUAUUUUUUAAAACUGGAUCCAAAGAUCCUGUAAUUUUUGCUGGAGAUCUCUAUGAUGAACACCAAAUACUUCAGUGGCUACUUACACAAAAAGAUCCAUCAGGAGAUGUUAUUGAAGAUACAGAAGGCAGUGAACUUAUUACAAUGAUUGAAAAGGAAGAGGCUCUAGCUGUAUAUUUCUAUGGAGAUAAUUGUGAAUAUUGCACUAAAAUUUUGGAAGAACUUGAAAAUAUUGAUGAUGACUGUGAACGACACGGCAUUAAAUUCGUAAAAACAGAAGAUUUUAGGAUAGCAGAACAAUAUGGUGCCACAGAUUUUCCAGUCCUAAUGUAUUUUGAAAUGGGAAACGGUGGAGUAUUUGAAGGAGAGUUGGAAGAAGAAGAAGAAGUUCUUCAAUGGCUAAUUCAACAACGCACAGAAGAUAGAAUUGAAUUAAUUACAAGAGUAAUGCUUGAAAAUCUGGUAGAAGAUAGCCAAUAUUUAGCAGUUUAUUUCUACAAACAAAAUUGUCAAAUUUGCGAUCAAAUUUUAGAAGAAUUAGAAAAAAUCGAUGAUGAAUGUGAUGUUUAUGGUAUACAUUUAGUAAGAAUUCAAGAUCCACAGUUGGCUAAAAGAUAUAGCAUCAAGACUUUCCCAGCUUUGGUGUACUUUAGAAAUGGAAACCCUUUACUUUUUGAAGGAGAUCUUCAAAAUGAACAAUCUGUUUUGGAAUGGCUCACAGAUGAUGAUAACCGAGAGUUAGCUGAUGAAAUUGAAUCAGUAAAUGAUAGGAUGCUUGAAAGGCUACUUAAUGAGUCUCCAUUUUUGGCUGUCUUCUAUUAUGAUGAAGAUUGUCCAGAAUGUGAAGAAAUUUUAGAAAAUCUUGAGGAAAUUGAUGGGGAAGCAGAUUUAUUUGGAAUAGACUUUGUAAAAAUAUGCAGUGCCGAAGCAGCAGCUGAACAAGGUUUACACAAUCUUCCCGCAUUAAUGUACUUCAGAAAAAAGACUGCAAUGGUUUACGAAGGUGAUUUAACACAAGCAGAUAAGGUUUUAGAUUGGUUAACAAGCCAGGAUGUGUUCGAAAUUAAAAAUGAAAUUGAGGAGGUAAACAAGAAGAUGUUGGAAAAGUUGCUAGAAGAAAAUGAAUUUGUAACGGUUUUUUUUUAUGAACUAAACUCUGAGGAAAGCAGGAUUGUAAUAGAAAAAUUGGAAAAUAUAGAUAGUGAGACCGACAACUUUGACAUAACUUUUGUUAAAAUGGCAGACCUAAGAUAUGCCCGAAAAUGGGGAGUCACUCAUUUUCCUGCCAUCGUUUACUUUCGGCGACGUUUUCCAAGCAUUUACCGUGGUGAUUUGCGCUCGGAAGUAGAUGUUUUGGAAUGGUUAAGAAAAAAUAGAUUUCGACAACCGGAGUUAAAUAUUUUUAUGUACGCAUUGUUGGCGAUUGGAACCGCUUUUAUAAUAUACACUGGAUUUUUACUGCAAUGCUUUAAAACGCAACCUCAAGCAAUUGUAGCACACCAAAAGCAAACUUAAGUACAUUCUAAUCAUUUAUCAAUGAAUAAAUAAAGAAUUAAUAAAUCUAAAUGUAUGUUUGCAUUGCAAUAUUUAAGUAACAAGCAUCAUUAAUUUUUAUCUUUUAAUAUUUUAUGUUGAUUUUUCACAUUGUUUUAUAUGUAUUUUAAGUUAAUUAUAUAGGUACUCAUGAAAACUAGGAUGUGCCAAUAAAUUCUGACGAAUUAUGUUUAUUAUACCCUUACGCAUACCUUAUCGUAAAAUAAAUUUAGGAACUUGUGAA